AUGAAGAUGACAAAUAUGGUGGCGUGGUUGCGUGUAGACACGCAGACCAUCCUGACGAUCGCCAGUCACGUCAUCACCAAGAACCACCGCAUCGCCGUGACGCACAGCGACCACCGCACGUGGUUUCUGCACAUCCGCGACGUGCGCGAGACGGACCGCGGCUGGUACAUGUGCCAGAUCAACACGGACCCCAUGAAGAGCCAGGUCGGCUACCUCGAGGUCGUGGGUGAGUACCGAGGCCCGCCCGAUUGGGCUAAGCGCUGCCGAUCCUGCGUGCCCAUCUACAGCGGAACCCCGCAGAUCCGAACAAAAAUUCCGUCUUCUGCUCGAGUGACUGAAGAUCAAUUGCAGCUAAUGGAAACAUCGUUUAGCACAGGCGACGGGGAAGCCAGGCAAUUACAACUCGUUUCUUUGUCGUCUCGAUGUCAGAAUCGCAUCAAAGAACUCGUAAUUGCUCGCCUUCGGAUUCCCUUCGGGAAAGAAAUUUCAGAACUGAGUGUUUUGAUGCAACUCAGUACCGACGGAGACAUUAACAGUUGUGUCCUCUCCCUGUCGUCCCCGUUCCCACCUCCAUCACGGCCGGUUUCCACCUGCGUCUUAGUCUCUGCCUCCGUCCCCGUCUCCAUCCUCGUCGCAAAUACAGCUCACCCACCUCCGCUUGCAUCUCCAUCGCCAAUCACUCCAGUUAUCGCUUCUCCCUGUCGCUGCAGAAUGCAACAUCAUGAUCCCAACAAAAGGCAACAUCCGGUCGUGAUGACAUGA